AUGAUUAGGGAGGAAGCCAGGCGUCUACUGAUCGAGCUUCUCGAUUCGCGGCGGGGCAAAAAGGUCCUUGUGCUCGAUCCCAAAGUCUCAGGCUUUCUGGGCCUGCUUGCGGAGGUGUCUCUGCUGAAAGAGCACGGCAUAGAACAGCUCCUGCACCUCUCUACAGAGCCCCUCGGCGAUCUGGGAGUGCGAAAUGUCAUCUACCUCGUGAGGGCGAGUAUUGAAAAUGCAAAGCAAAUAGCUGAGCAGAUAAAGGAAACUAACAGGGCAGCAGCAGGCUUUGAGUAUGCUGUGUAUUUCCUGCCACGGAGGACAAUUGCGUGCGAACGCAUCUUUCAGGAGGAGGGUGUCUAUGGGGACAUUGUAGCGGGCGAAUUUCCACUUGGAUUCAUCCCCUUCGACUAUGAUGUGCUGUCCCUGGAGCUUGGCACUGCCUACAGGGAACUGGUGGCGGAUGGGGAUCGCAGCAGCCUGUAUGGAGUGGCGCGAGCUUUGACGCGGCUGCAGGCGCUGUACGGGGGCGCAGCCGUUCUCAAGGGCAAGGGCCCCGCGGCCGCUGCUGUGCGCUCGCUGCUGCUGCGCAUGCGCCAGGAGCUGGGAAUGGAGGCUCCCAUCACCGGUGCUGCUCGCUGUCCCGCCAUGGAUUCUCUUCUCAUGGUGGUGGUUGUGUGGGGCAUUGCAGGCGGGGGACCCAUAGAUGAGAUCAUCCUGCUGGACAGGGAAGUGGAUGCUGUGACGCCCAUGUGCACCCAGCUCACUUAUGAGGGGCUGGUGGACGAGACCAUGCAGAUCAAACACGGCGCCGCACGCCCUUGGCACAGGCCUUCACGGUUGCAACGUUUUGCUCACUUGCAGAAGGCAGGCAGGAACGCACAUCCAGGUGGGCGGCAGAGGAUAGCGCUGAAUAGUGCGGACAAGGUCUUCCGAGACCUUAGAGACCUGAGCUUUGCGGCCGUGGGCCCGCAGCUGGGCCAGCGGGCCAAGUCCAUCCAGUCCGACUACAAAACCUCCAAGAGGAGCCUGGCGGAGCUGAAGGAGUUUGCGGCGCAGCUGAAGGCGCUGCCCAACAUCCAGCGCCACAUCGGCCUGGCUGAGGCCGUCAACCGCGCCAUUGCCGCCCCGGCAUUCCGCGCGCGCGUCUCCGUCGAACAGUCCCUCCUCGACGGCCACGGCCUCGACGCCUCCGCUGAGUCCAUCGAGGCAAGCCCGAUAUGCCGAGCCAGGACUGACUUGUUCGUGGUGCUGCGCCUGAUGUGCCUGUUGUCGCUGACCCAAGGCGGCGUCCCCAAGAAGUACUUUGACGCUUUGCGCAAGGAAAUCCUGCACAGCUACGGGCACGAGUACAUGCUAAUGCUGUCAAACGUGCUGCACUGUGCAGGUCUCUUGGUGAGGCAUGAGGGUGGCAAGGGGAACUUUCCGACGCUAAAGCGAGCCUUCCGGCUGCUGGUGGACGACAUAGACGACAAAAUUCCCACAGACGUCGCCUACGUCUUCUCUGGCUAUGCUCCCCUGAGCGUGCGGCUGGUGGAGGCGGCAGUGAAGGCGCCCGGUUGGGGUGUGGGCGAGGAGGUGCUCCGGCUGCUGCCAGGGCCAGCUUUUGAGGUGGAGCAGACGUCUGAUGACAAGGGCCUGCCUAUUGAGAGGCCGGUCCAGGACAGGAAGCUUACAGGUCUGCGCCGAAGUAUUUUGCCAUCUGCUACUCCAGCUGCUGAUUCACUGAGUGCAGGGUGGUCCCUUCGUGUCAGUAAGAAGCGGAGAAUUGUACUUGUUGUGUUCAUUGGGGGCGUCACCUUUGCAGAGAUUGCUGCGCUCAGAUUCCUUGGGACCCGGCCAGAGGUCAAUUGCUCAUUUGUCAUUGCCACCACAAAGCUGAUCAACGGGACCACGCUGCUGGAAAGCAUCGUGGACGACAGCAUAAGGACUGCGAAGGAGACUGCUGCAUUGUAG